AUGCAGCUGUUUGUCUGCACGCAGGAGCUACACACUCUCCAGGUGACCGGCCAGGUGACAGUCGCCCAGAUCAAGGCUCAUGUAGCCUCGUUGCAGGGCCUCACUCCAGAAGAUCAGAUCCUGCUCCUGCAGGAUGAGGCUACCCUGGGCCAGUGUGGGGUGGAGGCUGUGAGCACUCUGAGCACUCUGGAAGUAGCCAGCCGCAUGUUUGGAGGUAAAGUCCAUGGUUCCCUGACCCGUGCCAGGAAAGUACGAGGUCAGAUUCCCAAGGUGGCCAAACAAGAGAAAAAGAAAAUGGGCCGGGCCAAGAAGCGUAUGAAGUACAACCAGUGCUUUGUCAAUGUUGUGCCCACCUCUGGCAAGAAGAAGGGCCCCAAUGCCAACUCUUAA